UUCUACAGGAACAGGUCAGGAAAACGCCAGGUAUUUCUACAGGAACAGGUCAGGAACACGCCAGGUAUUCCUACACGAACAGAUGGCUGCAAUACGUAAGAAGUUGGUGAUCGUGGGGGAUGGAGCCUGUGGCAAGACCUGUCUUCUCAUUGUCUUCAGUAAGGACCAGUUCCCUGAGGUCUACGUGCCUACUGUCUUUGAGAACUACGUAGCCGAUAUCGAGGUGGAUGGCAAGCAGGUGGAGCUGGCACUGUGGGACACAGCUGGGCAAGAAGAUUAUGAUCGUCUCAGGCCCCUGUCCUACCCUGACACUGAUGUCAUCCUCAUGUGCUUUUCCAUCGACAGCCCUGACAGCCUGGAAAAUAUACCUGAGAAGUGGACUCCCGAGGUGAAGCACUUCUGCCCCAACGUGCCCAUCAUCCUCGUGGGCAACAAGAAGGACUUGCGCAACGACGAGCACACGCGCCGCGAGCUGGCCAAGAUGAAGCAGGAGCCAGUGAAGCCAGAGGAGGGCAGAGACAUGGCGAACCGCAUCAACGCGUUCGGCUAUCUGGAGUGCUCAGCCAAGACAAAGGACGGGGUGCGGGAGGUGUUCGAGAUGGCCACCAGGGCGGCGCUGCAGGCCAAGAAGCGCGGGAAGAAGAACGCCUGCCUUUUAUUAUAGAGGAGAGGAAAAAGUGAAGAGGGAGAAAGAAAACCAGGCCAAGGAAAAUGUACCAGCAAGAACCCCCUUCUGCCCCCCAGCUUCCUCCUCCAUCGCUGUCCUGCCCCACUCCAGGUAUGAGCUCAUGCCUCCGCAUCCGAUCCUGCUCUAGCGCCAAACCAGAGGAUCGUCUCUCCAGGAACAGCCUUCCUCUCCCAGAUGGACAGUUGCCUUGGCUGAUGAGAGGGGCUCCCUCACAGGCAGGCUGGACACAGAAGCAGUGGCUUGGUUUUCUUCAAAGGCUCGCCCUUAGUUUUAAACACUUGGCUUCAAAACAAUUACAUCUGCAGUGUUGUGUCAUCGACAGAGAAAAGGUCCCCUGGAAACAAAUGUCUAUAUAAUGUUUUAAGUUUUGUUCCUCAUGUCAUCGUUUGUAGCCAAAAUAUUUUUGUGGCAUUCAUGGAAGUUGCUUACUGGGCUUUUCCUCAAAGCUGGCGACAUGUCAGCUGCGCUCCAAGAUACAGUGUUCCUGUUGCUAACGCAGCUGUUACUCUGGAUAGGUAUGGGGAAGAGGGCAUUGUUUGAAUGCUGUCUCUAGCGGCGGACUGGGUGACGAAUGUUGUGCGAAACUGACAGGUGACGUCCCUUGGCAGUGUUAGUGGCAGAGGAUGCUGUAUCUUGAGUUGUGGAUAAGUGUUUAAAUUAACAUUUCGCCAUAAGUCCUCAGUCUUUUUUUCAUCUGCAGUGUGGGACUAGUAUUGUUUCGGUCAUUACUGCCAGGGGCCCGCAGUGUAGACUGGUGGAUCUGCAUGUGCUCCUUGUUUCUGCCCCACUGUGUCUGUAGCACUGAAGCUCCUUCCUCAUGGCAUCUGCCUGCUCCUGUCGGGUUCAAUUCCACAAAUCUUUCUCAUAGAAGCAGAGAUACUGUUUUAAGAGCUUUAGCCACAUGUAAAAAUGACGACUAUAAAGGAUUUUGAACAUUAACAGAUGGGUUGUUAAUAAGACUGAGUUUGUGUUGUUUAAAACUGGGGGUAACCCCCCUCUCCUCUUACCCACUGCUUCCCCUCCAAGCUGGGCAGGGCCUGCAACCAGUGCAACAUCCUGGCAUGAGGUGCCUGUCUGGCAGCCUGGUGUGAAGAAGCAUAGCAGCGUAUUUUAAAAGGACUCUUCGCAAACAUUCCUGCCACCUCUGUCCUCCUUCACCACCUGUAGACCACUGCAGCAAGUUGUGACCUGCCACUCUGUCAGGCUCCCUGUAGUCUGUAGCUUGUGAGCAGGCCCCACCCCUGGGUCUCGCCGUACACAGCGGCCCCUCGCUGGAGCGCGCCGAGCUGGUGUGUCAGCGGUGUCCGGAGGAUCCUUCCUCACCAUCUGUUCCAUUGAAUCGCCCCUCGGAGUCGUUCAAGUCAGUCUGAGCCACUGUCCCUGUAACCCCGGUGGGUUUGUGUUCUCGCUAAUCCUUUGAAAGGGUCCCAGGAUUGCAUCUGGGAUUUGAAAAGAGGGUUGAAAAAGGAAAUAAGCUGGCGAUUUUAAUUCACGAUUUAAACCCUGCCACAAAAAGAUAAAUGACACUGGACUCAGUCUGUAGCCCUGGGGUCACCCUCAUUUCCUCCCAGAAUAUUGACAGUGAUAGCUCUGUGUGAAAGGGCUGGGGGAGAGGGUUAAUUGUUUGAGAAUAGCAAAUGAUAUGGGAAUCUUGAUAAAAUCAGCCAUGUGAACAGCGAAGGAAAUAGGAUCCCACUUGAUAAACAGUAAAGGGGGCUGCAUUGUCAGACUACAGAGGGUAAUCCUGAUGGAGAUUCCAGUCUGGACAGUCUGGAGAGCUGGAAGACUGUGUCACACAUUUGAGUUAAGUGUUGUGACUUGAAUGACCUGUUUUACACAUAUUGUAAGACUUCUACCUAAUGGGUGACUAGAUAUCCCUGCAGCAGUGGGUGAAAAACUGCGUACAGGUCCACAGUGCACAAUGCAUGAGCUUUUCAGCAUGAAAGGAGGUGAGAGGGUUUUUCAACUGCCCAUAUCUAUCUAUCUAUAUAUAUAUGCAUACAAUAUUACAUAUAUAUGUAAUAUUCUAGAUUUUGGCUUUUUCCUUUUGGGACUGGAUAAGAUGUAUUCACACCUGGUUUUGUUUUGCUUAGCCUACUUUCCUUUAAGGCCUUUGUGCUGACUGAUGACGAGUUUCUGAGUACUGGUGAAAGCCAACACAGAACUUGGCAAAUGUGCAGUUCAAACCCAUCAGGAUUGCAGUCGGCCUUUGUUAAGGAGUCUUUAAGGAUUUCCAAAGAGGGGGGUUGACCUGCACAUUUGCUCAGCGUCCUCCAUUCGAAAAUAAAUGUCCUGUGUCCAAGUGAUGGAGUCCACAGGGAUGGAAGGUUAACUGAAAAAUGCGGUGCUGAAACUUCUCACUGCGUUUCUUUGGGAAUAUGAAAACCUACCUAAUUUAUAAAGUCUGAAGUAAGUCAAGGUUUUUUAAACCGGUCCUGGUCACAUUUUCCUGUCUGUGCUGGCCCAGGGGACGUGAAGGGGGCAAGUGUUCAGCUUCCUCUAGCUCUCACACGUACAAACCCUGCGCCUCCUUCCUUUUUUUCUGCUCUUGUACUGUAUAUUUAACCCUGUGUGGAAUUCUACUGGCUUGUACUGUAUCAGUAAUACCCUCUUGCAAUUCUAGAAUCUUACCUUAAAAAUGUAAAAAAGGAAAAACUAAAUAUUAUAUUAAAAGUACUUCUUUUUAAAAUAAAGUCACGAGAGAAAAAGAAUCUGCCGCAUAUAACUUUACCUUUUGUACAAAUGCAUCUUGGAAUUUCCUCAGUCUGCUUUUAAAACUACUUUAAAUAAAAAUUGUUUUUAGGGUA